UGCGUGACCGCUGGCGAUCCGAUCUCCUCCUCGGAUCAACCAGCAAAUAGCCGCCCAAAAAGCCCUACCGUCUUAAACCCUCUUCUUCCUGUUUUCCUUUUCUUCUUCUUCUUCUUCUUCUUCCUCUUCUCCCUCUGUGCUGGUUUCGUGGUGUCGAGGUCUGGCCUGUGAAAAUGGGGGACGUGGUUCAGUACAAGCUCGAGCGGAUGGUGGACGAGCUUGAGGACCUGGAGAAAAAGGGCCUCUUCACCAGGCAGGAGAUUAGGCACAUUGUCAGGAAGCGGCGAGAUUUCGAGUACCGCCUGAAGAGGCCAUCUCCUCUCAAGCAGGAUUUCAUUGCCUACAUCAACUACGAGACGCAGCUCGAUUCUCUCAGGAAGCUCCGGAAGAAGGCCAUCAUCCGCGCCUCGAAGGGCACCGAGAAGAAGUGGAAGAAAUCAGUCUCUGACACUGCCAGCGUUAUCAAGAUACUCGAAAUUUACAAGAGGGCCGUCACCCGAUUCAAGGGAGACAUAGGUCUCUGGUUCCGGUACUUGGAGUUCUGCAAAGAACGGCGCCAUGGCCGUAUGAAGCGGGCCCUUGCUGAAGCACUUCGUUUUCAUCCGAAUGUCCCUGGCCUUUGGAUUUAUGCUGCAUCUUGGGAAUUUGAUCACAAUUUAAAUGUACCUGCUGCUCGUGCUUUAAUGCAAAGUGGACUGAGAGCUUGCCCACAAUCAGAAGAUCUAUGGGUUGAAUAUCUGAGAAUGGAGCUUACAUACCUUAAUAAACUAAAAGCCAGAAAAAUUGCUCUUGUCAAAGAUCAAGGUGUUAUUGGAAAAGUUGGAGGUGAUGAUCAAAAGACCUGGAAAGAUGAAAAUGAAGAUCUAUUUGUGCCUCUGAAUGAUGAAAAGUUGGCUCCUGCAAAUAUAGAUGGCAAGGAACUCAACUCGGACAAUGAACUGCAUGUUCUUCAAACUCAUGGCUCUGAAUUGUUUCGAGCAAUUUAUAAUGAAGCUAUUGAAGCUACUGUGUCUAGCAUGAGUUUACAUAAAAGGUUUCUGGAGAUUUUAGAUGCUGCGGAUCUAUUGUUGCAUGAUGAAAUAAAGAAAGAGAUUAUGGGAAAGAUGCAUGAAAGGUUUUCAAGAGAAGAGAAUUACUGGGAUUGGCUUGCUAGGAUGAUGGUAUCAAAAGAUGGAAAAAUGGAUAAUUCAGGCAAUGCAUUUCUUUCUCAGUUGAAGAAAGCUGAGGAGGUUUAUGAGGAAGCUUUAUCUGUUGUUCCUUCUGCGAAGAUGUUCUCACUAUAUGCAAGGUUCUGGUCCAAUAUAAUUGCACCUGAAGAAGAAGAAUCAGAGAAUUUGUAUUUUAACGGCAUCCCUUUUGAUGUUAUGGAGUUUGUUCCAAAUUUAUUAAGAGUUUAUGAAAGAGCUUGUUCCUCCGACUGUAUAACUGAAGAUCUUGCAAAGCAUUAUGUCUCUUUACAUCUCAAAGUCGGAAGGCUAGAGGAAGGAAGGAAAUUGAUUUCAAAACUUUGCAGAGCAGUACCCAAUUCGACUUGUUUAUCUAUUUUAAGAUUUACAAUAGAGAUAAAAUAUGCUAUGUCUAGCUCUGCAUCAAUUUCUAAGGAUGAAUUACAGUCUAUGUAUGAUCUCUUAUGUGGCAUUCUGACAGAAGGAACAAUUUCAGAGGCUGAAAGCUUGUGGCUGAUGGGUUUCAAAUAUUUGUCGAUUGAAAAAAGUUACUUUGACAAGCUGGUCCAGACAUUCUUGGCGCAACUGGCUGCUGGUGGUAGCGUCGACAGCACGGGUGUGAUUUCUUCCACCAUACUUGAUUCAGUUCUUCAGACAAGUGGUACUCAUCAUUUUAGAGAAACAUAUAAGAGAAUUCUUGCUUUACCUCAUCCAAGCCUUGCAACAUAUAAGCAGUGCAUCGAGAUAGAGUCAAAUUUUGCAUAUGUUGGUGACGCUGAAGCUCUUGCUAAUGUGCGGAAUUUGUUUGAAUCUGCACUUGGCUUCUAUGGAGAAAAUAUAGAACUGUGGCGGAACUACUAUUCUUUUGAGCUAAAGAUUGGAACAUCUAGCGAAGCUAGUGCAAUCUUUUGGCGAGCAAGAAAGAUACUAAAAAAUGAGGCAGAACUGUUGGUUACAUGUAGAACUUGAUAAUUCUUUUAUGAAUUUGCAUUCUCUUGCUAUAUUCGCAAUUAUUGUCAAUUUUAUACUGCAUUAUAUGAAAAUUGAAGAAGCGCAGAGGUUUUUGACCUAUUCAAGCUGUGAAAAUGUAGUGCCAUUCAGCUAAAAUGACUCAAUAUAUAAAAUUGGCUCUUGUUGAGUUCCUUGUCAAGUUUUGUCUACAUCCGCAGGAAGUAAAAGGCUGCAAAGUGCUUUGUGGCUUGUUUUUGACAUCAGGUUCAUGUCUGUCCUAUCUUCUGUCCUCGGAACAUAAGGAAGCGGGCACAAGGUAGUCUCUUCUUUAAAUUGCUGCAUUGCAUUUGGCAUCUGAAGAUGUUCAGGGGAACCAUCUUUGGAGCAGUGAUAUUCUGGGUGCACAUCUGGAGAUACAUUGACCAAGUUUUUCUAGUCGCAGUGUUCAUCACAGAGUUCUGCAGAUGAAGCGCAUGCAAUGGUAAUAUUGUGUAUCCAUGUUAGCCUUUUGAUGGCUGUAGUUGUGCCUGAUGAACAUUAUUUGAUGGUGUUUCUAAUUGAAAUUUAUAUUGUUAUUUGCUUCAGCUUA